UCUAUCAGACACGUGAUAACCUUUCAAGAACCAGUACAUGCAGGCACGUUGUGUGAGACGUUGGGUGCGCAAUAUAAUUAAGAAAAUUCGUUUUGUCGGAAUUAAUAUUAUUUUUUUGUGCAACAAUGAAAUUCGCGUACAUAAAGUUAUUAAAAACUUUAGAAAAAAAAAUUGUUAAGACUAAAAAUAUAAUCGAUUUCGACACUUAUAUCGACAAUCCAUCAAACAAACAAAUGUAUUUGUUACACGAGAAAAAUCUAAAGAAAUCCUGUAGAAUAUUAUUAGUUGGAGAAACACAAGAGGAAUUGGAGAAUAUAAUUGCAGAAAAAAGAAUACCUGAUCCGAAAAUAAACGACUCCGAUAAAAUUGAAGAUAUUAUGGAUACAGAUGAUGAAACUGAUGAAACGUCAAAAAACGAUGAUGACGGUAAAAGUGAUGAAAAUCGAAGUAAUAAUGACAGAGAUGAUGAGGAUGAAAGUGAUAAAGACGAAGAGGAAGUGAUUAAGGUACAAAGAAAGAAGCUUGAGACAAAAAAAAAGCAGUAAACGGAAGAUGGCUGAGGCCAUUAUAGAUGCCCACGAAAAAGCCCGAGCUAGUACAAGUGCAGACACUGA